GCGUUUUAAUUUCAAAACAUGAUGUUUACCUUGCAACAGUUUGGCGCACUCCCAUGGCAACUGACGUAUUGUAGUUUGGAUUUGCGGAAAGUACAACGGCAUUCGGUUACAGUUUUCUGUGCAAUAUAGAUAAAGUUUUAUUAUGUGUGAUAGUUUUAUGUGUCCCCAGUGACUGUAUUCAUAGUGUGUAUCGCGCAAUUUUAUAUUUGCAAUGGCGGAAUCACCACGCAGCAUUCUCGUGCGGCUGAAGCAGUUGAAACAUUGGCAGGAGGAGCAACAGCGCGUCCUGCUAGAGAAGCAUCUCGCCCAACAACAGCUACUGGAACGCGAGCAACAAAAAAUGUAUAAAGUAUUGGGAUUACGGCGGCAGACGAACGUUGAUGGCAGUGAGCAAUCAUACGAAGAUAGUGCCAGCGAACCCGAAUACGAAGAGACCAAUUUGCAGACUCAACUCGCUGCGGAACGUGUGCAGCAAAGCACCAGUAAAAAUGAUUCCACCAUGUUUGACUCUGACGCCGAGCAGCCAACGGCCGAGCAGGAGCAAGCCUUGCAAAGGACGAAAAAUGUCCCCAAGAAGCGUUUUUUGAAGCGUGGUGAAGGAUUACGUUCUAGGUUUAAAGUAGAUCCUGAUAAAUUUAAGCUAGAAAAUUUACCUAAAUACAAAUUUGCUAAUCAUAACAGAGAGCGAAACAGUCGCAAAAAGGGGACCAAACAGGAACAGGUGGAACAAGGUGGAAGCUUGGAGGUUCCGAAGGCAUCGCGUGUUUCAAACAAUAAACCAGAAAAGGUGAACCCGAAGCAAACACUUAACGAAAGGAAAGGACGCCCUAAAAGUGACCAAGGUAUUGUGUUAGAUGUAAAUCGUGUGCAGGAGAAAAAGCUUGAUACUAGACGGCGCAUCGGUGGAUCGUUUCCGUUGCUCAGCGUGGAUGUAACUAAUGAUGUGCCGGAUAAGCCCGGCGACCAGGUGUUGGGUAAUAUUGCUAAAAGUUUAAAAAUUACAGACGUUGAAAAUAUGGUGCAAAAACCACCCGUUAUGCCGGAUGUCCCAUGGAAACAAAGACUUGACCCACCCGCGGUUCCUACGAGGAUAUCGAAAGAGCAACGUGAUUUAAACUUUUUUGAGCAGCUCGAAAAGAAGGUGAUUGGUAAGAGUUUCAAUUCUAAUGCGAGUAGCAUUUUGCGAUUUAUAGCGGGCAACGAAUCAACUGUAAACGAUGAUACACUGACAAAUGACGCUACUAUUGCAAGUGAACGGUUAGAAACGGAUCCUUUAAUACGACAGGAGGAGAUAGCUUUGAAGGACAGACUUUUAGCACCACCGCCAUCCAGAGCCGUUUUGAAUGAUCAUGAUUUGGCCGGCAGUAGCGAGGAUGACAGCGACGAGGAGCAAGGACACGUGCGCUUUAUUGAUGACGAACAAUCUUCCGAGUCUAGUGGAGAAGAUGAGUCAGAUGUAACAAACCAUGAGACUUACCACCACAUGCAGGGUAUAGCGUCUAACAAAAUGUCCACACCGAAUGAUAAAAUUAUCGUACGUCCUCAAUCGCUCGAAGCAACAGGUCAAACCAGCGAGGGAAGUGACGAAGAAGAGUCGAAAGAAUGCGCUGACGAAGAUGGCACAGUAGACAGUGCCAACGGACAGUCGGAGACUGAAGACACACCGGUGGCCUUUCCCAUCGGCGAUGAGACACUUCGCAGUGAGAUACUUGCGAAAAGUGAACUGCUCAAGGAAAGGCUGAUGGAGCUGGAGCGUGAAAUAGAUAAUUACCGGCGUGAAAAUGCGGAACUGAUACAGGCAAAACAGGAACAUGAACUUGAGCGGUUGAAACUGCAACAAGAUAGGGAAGAGAUGGAGGAACACAUGAAUGACGAACGCAUCAAAAUGGAGGUUUAUUUCCACGACGAGCGGAUGAAAAUCGAAACGGAACGCAAGCAGGCACUUCGAGAAGCGCAGAAACCGAACAAAAAGGACAAAGAAGAAAUCCUUCGUCUGAACGAGGAGCUGGCUGAGGUGCGCAAACAGCACAAAGAGCGGGAAGCUAAGCAUAGUGCGUCCUUGGCUCGGUUUAGGUCGCAGUUAAAAACAGCUGAAAAGGAGGUUCAGGAGAUACGGCUUGAGCUUGAGGUAACGAAGAAAGAUAACCGACGGUUAGAGACAGAAAACACACGAUUGAAACGCCAAAAUAAUAGCCGCAUGCUGGUGGAAAUUAAUCGCAACAUUGCAAAACUUGCAACCGGAAGUACUGAGACUGUUGAACAAAGCAAAAAGGGCACUCAAAGUACAAACCGACAAAAACCGCACCAGAUUAUGCAGCCGAAGGAACGAAAGGUGCCAGCACAGGUGACGAGGGUGAAAGUUACGAAUCAUCAGCUGGUGGUGCGCGGAAAAACAACAUCCUCGCGGCCGAAAUCCUUACCGAUUCAUGUAGAUAAUUUUACCUCAGAAACAGACGAGAAUGAGGAAAAUGGUUUUCAUCGUAAUAAUGGUUCCUCCGAUGAAGAGCUCAGUUCCCCCAUAAAUGGAAAUAAGGAUAGUGAAGAGGAUAAUGAUGAAGAUGACGAUGAAGACGACGACGAGGAUGAUGGUCUUGGCGAAAAUUCUAGCUCCGCACAGGAAGGACCGUCAUCGUACUUCCCGAAAAAUCCUGCCGUUCGCAAAACACUCUUCAACGCGGUAAACGUUGACGAAGAUAAGAAAGCGCCACCACGGCAAGGAUUGGUGCGCAAAGAGAAUCCGGCAACGAAAUGUGAUCUACUCGAUCGCACGCCAGAAGCGGCAGAGUUAAUUAAGAGCAUGAAGCGAGAAAUAGUGAAUGCGGAUGGCAGUCGCGACAUUUGGUAUCCGAAUGGGAACCUGAAGAAAAUAUCACCCGAUGGAAUGAUCAUACGGAUGCUGUACUUUAACAAAGAUAUUAAGGAAACAAAUAUGACCGAGGGCACAACUAAGUACUACUACUUCGAGACCAAUACCUGGCACACGACCUAUCUGGAUGGGUUGGAAAUAUUGGAAUUUCCUGAUGGCCAAACGGAACACCGUUUCAAAGAUGGAUCGACAGAGGUGCACUUUCCGAAUGGGUCGAUACGCACCACCAAUCCGAACAGUGCCGACAUAGCCGAAGAGUGGAAGUAUCCGGAUGGCACUACGGUGAUUAUUAGAAAGAACGACGACAAGGAGAUCAAUUUGCCUAAUGGACAGCUUGAGAUACACACUAAGGCGCACAAGCGACGCAUUUAUCCAGACGGGACGGUCAAGUUCGUUUAUCCCGAUGGCAGCCAAGAAUCACGAUACUCGAACGGUCGGGUUCGGUUGAAGGAUAAAGAGGGCCGUCUUUUAUCGGACACCGGUGGUGGAGCAGGAGCAACAUGAUGAUACAGUG